AAUCUGCGGACGGUAUCCACAAAAUACAGUCAUGGCUCAUGUCACCUUUUUCUUUUAUUUUAAUUUAUUUUAUUCUUUAAACCUUCUUAUAAAUAGCAUCAUUUAAUUUCCAUCCACACGAUUUUAUCCAUUUUUUCGAUCCAAGACCGACGGUUAGGCAUUGAUAAACACCACCGCCUACUGGAUCAAAUUCCAACCCUUCUCCGACGACGAUAAUCUCCUCACCGAGAUGAGCUGGUGGUGGGCCGGUGCUAUUGGCGCCGCCAAGAAGAAAUUUGAAGAAGAUGAUGCUCCGCGAAGCUUCCAGAGUGUAGGGCUUGUGUUAGGCGUCACGGGAAUCGUUGGCAACAGCUUAGCUGAAAUUCUCCCUCUGUCUGACACCCCCGGUGGUUCAUGGAAAGUCUACGGUGUUGCCCGCCGUCCACGGCCCAGUUGGAACGCCGAUCAUCCUGUGGAGUAUGUCCAGUGUGACCUCUCCGAUGAGGCUGAAACCCAAUCCAAGUUGUCUCAGCUCACUGAUGUCACUCACAUCUUCUAUGUCACCUGGACUAACCGAUCCUCGGAGGCCGAGAAUUGCGAGAUUAACGGUCUGAUGCUCCGGAACGUCCUUAAGGCUGUCAUCCCAAACGCCCCUAAUCUCCGCCACAUCUGCCUUCAAACAGGAGGUAAACAUUACGUGGGUCCAUUCGAGUUGUUUGGCAAGAUCCAGCCGCAUGAUCCGCCGUUCACGGAAGAUCUGCCCAGAUUGAAUGCGCCCAAUUUUUACUACACCUUAGAGGAUAUCUUGUUCGAAGAGGUAGCGAAGAAGGAGGGAUUGGCUUGGUCCGUUCACAGACCGGAUCAGAUUUUCGGGUUUUCUCCAUACAGCUUGAUGAAUAUCAUUGGUACACUUUGUGUUUACGCCGCUAUAUGCAAACACGAAGGCUCGCCUCUGCUGUUCCCCGGGACAAAACAAGCCUGGAAUUGUUACUCCAUUGCCUCAGAUGCUGAUCUGAUAGCGGAGCAACAAAUUUGGGCCUCAGUGGAUCCCUAUGCAAGAAAUGAAGCCUUUAAUUGCCACAAUGGAGAUGUAUUCAAGUGGAAGCAUUUCUGGAAAUUUUUGGCAGAGGAGUUUGGGAUAGAGAGAUAUGGGUUUGAGGAAGGAGAAAAGAGAUUGAGUUUGGUGGAGAUGAUGAAGGAUAAGGGUCCAGUGUGGGAAGAGAUAGUGAAGGAGCAUCAGCUGCAGCCGACCAAGUUGGAAGAAGUGGGUGUGUGGUGGUUUGCCGAUCUGAUAUUGGGUGGUGAAUCUGUGAUAUCAAGCAUGAAUAAGAGUAAGGAGCAUGGGUUUUUGGGGUUCAGAAAUUCCAAGAAUUCCUUCAUUUCUUGGAUAGAUAAAAUGAAGGCUUAUAAGAUUGUGCCUUGAUGCUGUGGAAUUUGAAUUGGUUGUUGUCCAAAGUUAAAGUACAGAGGGAAAAUAAUGUACCAGUAUAAUGUUUGUGUUCUGUUUGUUGUGUGAUGUCUAAAGAAAAUAAAUUCAAGAGCAUUUUUUAGGUCUGGUUUUCUUGUUUGCUGCUGCUGCAAUGACCUUUGCUCCUGGAAAAAGGAAAUAAAUCUUAUGAAUUUUUUCUCUUGAGUUCAA